CUCGGGGCUUUUUGUCCCGUUAACUGUCGGAGUGGCGGGGGCUCCAGCGCCGGGCGACAUGCCGGUGCGCUUCAAGGGAUUGAGUGAAUACCAGAGAAACUUUCUGUGGAAAAAGUCGUAUUUGUCAGAGUCCUGUAAUCCCUCAGUGGGGCAAAGGUAUCCUUGGGCUGGACUUAGAUCAGAUCAAUUAGGAAUCACAAGAGAACCAAGUUUUAUUUCAAAAAGAAGAGUUCCUUACCAUGACCCAGAGAUUUCAAAAUCUCUUAAGUGGAAUGGACCUAUCUCAGAGAAUGAUGUUAUAUCACAAGCCCCAGAAACACCAGAAUCACAAGAAGCAGAACAAAAAGAUGAUGUUAACCAAGAAAGAGUCCUUGCACUAGAAGCCCCCAGGGUUCCCAAGAGAACCAGACCUCACUCUGCAGACUCCAGUGCUGAUGGGGCUACAGCUGUUGUGGAGAAUAAUGAGGAUGUAACAGCAAACCAUACGCCAGUUAAUGAAAAUGUGGAACUGGAACAUUGUACCAAGCUUCUUCCAGCAAAUACAGAUAAUGGGUUGGAUAGAGUUCUUCAGAGGAAAGCUGGAUUAAAUGUUGUUCCUUCACAUAAUGUCUUGAGAAAUUCUGAAUAUCAAAGAGAGUUUGUUUGGAAGACUCCUAAAGGAACUGCUCCAGUUUUUGCAGCCAAUCAGGUUUUCCACAAUAAAAGCAAAUUCAUUCCACAAUUCAAAGGUAAUUCAGUCAUCCAUGAAACUGAAUACAAAAGAAAUUUCAAGGGUUUAUCUCCAGUGAAAGAACCAAAAUUAAGAAAUGAUUUGAAAGAGAACGGAAACCUGGAAACAGUAUCUCCUGAAAACAAGUGUAAUAAAACAGAUGAUUCUUUAAAAUUAGAAGCAGAGAUGGAAUUAAAAGACUCAAACCAGCCUAAAAAAAAGCUUACUCCUUGGAGACAUCAAAGACUUGGGAAGGUGAAUUCUGAAUAUCGAGCAAAGUUUCUGAGUCCAGCCCAGUAUUUAUAUAAAGCUGGGGCUUGGACACGUGUGAAGGAAAACAUACCAAAUCAGGAUUCUGUAAAUGCUGUGUGGUAUGCGGAGGUUAAAGAGCUCCGAGAGAAGGCUGAGUUUUAUAGGAAACGCGUUCAGGGAACGCAUUUUUCUCGAGACCACCUGAAUCAGAUUUUGUCUGAUAAAAACCGCUGUUGGGAUGUCUCCUCAACCACAAGCUCAGAAGGAACCAUUAGUAGCAACAUUAGAGCACUAGAUCUUGCUGGAGACCCUACAACCCAUAAGACUUUGCAGAAAGGCCCUUAUACAAAACUAGAAGAAAAAAGUCCUGUCUUGGAAGAACAGCCCCAGAAAAAUACCAUGGAGAAGUUGGGUGUGACAGAUAUGCCCACCUUACCUGUGAGAAGGCGUCUGGCUUGGGAUGCAGAAAACAGCAGUGAAGUCAAUGAAGAUGUACAGAAACAGCCCAGAGAAGAGGAGCAAGAGGAGAAAAAGGAUGAGCAGGUUUCUAUAGGAGAACCAGAGAGGUUGGAAGUAUCUGAAAACUCUCCAGCAGACAAGAUAAAAGAAGAGUCAGAAUCUUCUGUAUCUUCAGGAAAAGGAGGUAGGCUUCCUACUCCUAAGCUGAGAGAACUUGGUGGAAUCCAAAGGACGCAUCAUGAUCUUACCACUCCAGCUGUUGGUGGUGCUGUUUUAGUGUCUCCAUCUAAAGUGAAGCCUCCAGUCCCAGAACACAGGAAAACAGUGGCCUCUCAGGACUGCUUAGAAACUCCAAAGAAUGAUUUUAGGAAGAAAGAUAGUCGUAUUAUGUCUCUCCUGACUUCUCCAACUGCUGGUAUAAAGACAGUUGAUCCCCUGCCUUUGAGGGAAGAUUCUGAAACCAAUAUCCCCAAAUUUGCUGAUGUACCUCUUCCAGUUUCAAAAACUUUACAAUAUCCAGCAAACACACCCCAGCAGUCUCCUCCUCCACCGUAUACUUCAUUCCACUGGAAUCCCACCCGUCGAAUUCAGGGCUCUCUGAGGAAUCCAGAAUUUCAGCAUAAUGUGGGAAAAGCAAGGACGAACAAUUUCCAGUUACCUCAGCAUGAAGCCUUUAAUGAUGAAGAUGAGGACCGAUUAUCUGAAAUUUCUGCACGUUCUGCAGCUUCUAGCCUUCGGGCUUUUCAAACUCUGGCUCGAGCUCAGAAAAGGAAGGAAAAUUUCUGGGGCAAAACAUAAUUAAACAUCUAGCUAGUUGAGUUGCAUUUAUCUAUGGAAAGCAUAGUUUUUCUUUAUUGCUUUCCUAUGGUGAGGCUUUUCAUGUGCUAGGUUUUAUCCCCUAACAUUUCUUACUUUAAA